UUUUUUUAAUUGCUCUUUAUUAUUAUUAUUAUUUUUAUUUUUAAAUGCUUGAACUUCAAAUAAAGUUCUUGGACGGCCCUAUUAUACUAUACAGGCACCAACUACCAAGUCCAACUAAUGUUGCCUUUUUAACUACUUUGAAAAUGAGAAUAAAAAAGAAUUCCAUUUUUCCAACAUGGUUAUUUUAUAAUGAAUAGUUUGGAAGAUGAGUUAAUUCAUAAAUGGUAUUCCACAAAAAGGAAAAAGGGGAAGAUAAACGGAGGGAGUAAAGGUCGGUUCACGGGGACUGGAUUCUGAUUUCAGAGAGGGGGUGAGUGGUGAAAAAGAAGAAAAAGCAGAGAAUGAUUCUUGAAAAGUGGGGUCAGAGGAAGGGGAGCUCUCUCUGGUAGUUGUAGUCGUAGGCCUUGUAGCUUAUCCCCCACUAUCUUUGGUUUAUCACCAGAUUCACCACGUGGGACGCCUGCGAUUGAGAAAAAUUAAAAUUAAAACUAAAAAAAAAAUUGCAGGCUGCAGGCAGAAGGGACCCGCAAAUCCCCACCACCACCAAACGCUGUGGCAGCGGCAGCAAUGGGCAUUAGGCGUAGGAUAGCUGAGCUUAGGUCUCUUCCCAGAGUGUGUGAGAGAGGUGGCGCGUAUUGGAGAAAGUGCGGUGACCGCAUCUCUGCCCUUUUGUACACUGCUCGAUGACAAUUGACACCUCCACCCACUGCCUUUUUGGCCCCACCAUCUCCUCCCAACCCAACCAUUACAAAAAAAAUUUCAAAUACGCGAAGAACAGCUUUCUUUCUCUCUCUCUCUUUAUUUUUUUGUUAGAUGUGAAUGUAAUAAAGAUUAUUUAGAAAAUUGAGUUUGUUUUUUAUUCUUUUUCCGCUUCUCAAACUGCCGCUUUUUUUUUUUUUCCUCGAUUCAGUUUCGUUGGCAGUUGUCGUCUCUUGUCAGCUUUCCCGAAAUUCCUCACUUUCUAGGGUUUUGGAUGAAUUCAUCGCGUAUACUUCAAUCCCACUGAAAAUAUUUCUCUUUUCCUUUCUUUCAUUUUUUUUUUCCCGAGAAUCAGAACGAUGGAUAGGCCAAAACCCAACAGAAUUCUUUCUUUUUCUCUUUUUUUUCUUGGAUGUUUUUCUUUUUCAGUUGUCCGACGGAAAAUCCAAGAAAAUUUUUGGUUGAGACAGCGUUCGUCCAAUCCCUUUCUGCGAUUCCGUGCGAUCUGUUUCCGUCCUUUUGAGUUCUCAUUUCUCCCAAAGCCUGUUUUUGCUAACUUGCGCUCCUCCUCUCCAAUUUAGCUUCUUGCUAAGUUCUAUACUUAUAUAUAUAUAUAUAAAAUAUUAAAAGAAAACAUUAUGAUUUUAAAGCCUCUUAAAUUUUACAUGUAAUUACGUUUGUGCCCUAUGAUGUUCUGCCUUGUAAAUAUCAUGAAAGGACAAAUAUCUGAAAAAAAAAAUAGAAAGAUACAUGAAAGAGAAAUAUACCAGAGAAAAAAAAACAUAAAAACAUAUUGUUAUUAUUUAUUAACACGGAAAAGACCAAAUCUUUCCAUGGCCUGUCGGUAUAGUUGCUGGAAAAGGUCAAUAAAAAGUUGAAAAAUAAAAAUAAAAAAUAAGGGAAAAAUAAAAAUCCACUUCCAUCUUCAAGACACUUUGGCUAUUUAGUCUAAAAUUAUUAUCAUCAUCUCCUAAAUUACGGUGGAGAGAGGUCAGAGAGAAGUUAUAUAGUGGAGGAUAAAAAAGGAUACAGAGAAAGGCCAAAGAACCUUCUCUUCUUCUUCAUAAUUAACACUGUAUAAUAGUAUUCAUAUUUCUUUGUGUAGAUAAGCUCUCCUCUGCUUUUCUUCUUCAUAGACCCUUUUUCAUGUUUGUUGAAGUUUGAUGUCUAAGCAACUGGAGCAUGAUUACAUAGGCUUGUCAGAGGUUUCUUCAAUGGAAAGCUCUGAGAAGCUCACCACUGAUUCGGAGGGCAGCAAUGGUCUCAACUUGAAGGCCACAGAGCUGAGGCUGGGUUUGCCUGGUUCUGAGUCGCCUGAGAGGAUUGACUCAGUUGGGGGUUUGGAUAAGAAUGGAUACCCACUUGGUGUGCUGAAGAACUUGGUCUCUGGUGCCAAGAGAGGCUUCUCUGACGCCAUUGAUGGUGGUUCCGGCAAGUGGGUCUUCUCCGGGAGUGGUGGAUCCGAGACUGAUUUGACCAAAGGUGGUGGCUUGUUCUCUCCCAGAGGUGGAAAUGGUGGUGGGAAGCAUCUUGGUGGGUCGGAGAGCAACAAUCAGCACUCGAGUUUGGGUACUCCAGUUAAGAACGACGUCGUUCCGCAGUCGCCAAAGCCUAUGCAUGAGAAAAAGCCUCAGAUUUCUGCUCCUGCCGCAAAAGCACAGGUAGUAGGGUGGCCACCAAUUCGGUCUUUCCGGAAGAAUUCAAUGGCAUCUAAUCUUCCAAAGAAUGAUGAGGAUGCGGAAGGCAAGUUAGGAUCCGGGUGUCUUUACGUCAAGGUCAGUAUGGAUGGUGCUCCAUACCUUAGGAAAGUUGAUCUCAAAUUAUACUCCACCUAUAUGGAACUCUCUUCAGCUUUAGAAAAGAUGUUCAGCUGCUUUACAAUUGGGCAAUGCGGUUCUAAUGGAGUUCCUAUUCGAGAUGGUCUGAGUGAGAGUCGACUAAUGGAUCUUCUCCAUGGCUCUGAGUACGUACUCACUUAUGAAGACAAGGACGGUGACUGGAUGCUAGUUGGUGAUGUUCCUUGGGAAAUGUUUACAGACUCUUGCAAGAGAAUGAGGAUAAUGAAGAGUUCAGAAGCCAUUGGAUUAGCCCCAAGGGCAAUGGAGAAAUGCAAGAGUCGCAACUAGUGUAAUAUUACUGCAGAUGGAUCAAAUAUUCUGUAUAAGAAAAACACAGUGGAAGUGGUCUAUAUCUGAAUGCUACAAACCUUGAGUGCCUUUCAAGGUUCAGCUUGGUUUUUCCUUAUUCUAUAUGUUCCAAAAUAUUUUAAGACUUGGGGUGUACUGAAAAAAACUUUCUAGCAGGCAAGACUCGGGAGGUAUCUUUGUAGACAGUCGAAGGUUUUUCUUAGGUUUGUUUUAAGUCUUCUUCCCCCUCUCCAUGUACUCUGAAUUUCUGAUUGCUGGCUGCUUAAGGCUUCAAUACUAGCUAUGUAAAUGGUUUGCUGUA